UCGCAGGGGGCGGGGUCGAUCGAUCCUCUCGGGCUGUGACGCGCUCGGCCAGAAGCCGCUCCACCUUGUGAAUUCUCGGAGCAGCGCUUUGGGAACAUGUUGGGUAGCGACCGCCUAGCGGGGGUGGUGGCCGACGGUGUGGCGGUGACUGUGACCUUCACCAACGCUCGCGACUGCUUCCUCCACCUGCCGCGGCGCCUCGUGGCCCAGCUGCACCUGCUGCAGAACCAAGCUAUAGAAGUCACCUGGGGUCUCCAGCCUGCAUUCUUGAGCUGGGUGGAAGGCAGGCUUUUUAAUGACCAAGGUGAAAAUGUGGCCGAAAUUAACAGACAAGUUGGUCAGAAACUUGGACUUUCAAGUGGGGGACAGGUAUUUCUCAAGCCAUGUUCCCAUGUGGUGUCUUGUCAUGAAGUUGAGGUGGAACCUCUCUCAGCAGAUGAUUGGGAAAUAUUGGAACUGCAUGCUGCUUCUCUUGAACAGCAUCUUCUAGAUCAAAUUCGAAUAGUUUUUCCAAAAGCCAUUUUCCCUGUUUGGGUUGAUCAACAAACUUACAUAUUUAUCCAGAUUGUUGCACUAAUGCCAGCUGUUAUGUAUGGAAGGCUGGAAGCUGAUACCAGGCUCCUUAUUCAGCCAAAGACACGCCAGGCCAAAGCAGAUGAUGCAUGUGGAAAAUUUCAUAGUUAUGGAAGAGACCCAAAAGAAACGAUAAAAGAAUUUCAAACCAAGCAACUGGAAUCAAAUACUGUGGCAGUCACUGGGUCUAAUGAGACAGACUCAGUUAACUUAUCAUCGAUACCAAGCUUAUGGACUAUGCUAGUAAGCAUUUUUUCUUUUGGAUCUGAGAAGAAACAAGAGACAUCCUGGGGUUCAACUGAAAUCAGCGCUUUCAAAAAUAUGCAGUCAGAGGUUGUUCCUUUGGACAAUAUUUUCAGAGUAUGCAAAUCACAGCCUCCCAGUAUACAUAACACACCAGCGUCUUCUGUGUUUCAUAAACACUGUGCUGUUCAUGUAUUUCCAUGGGACCAGGAAUAUUUUGAUGUGGAGCCCAGCUUUACUGUGACCUAUGGAAAGCUAGUUAAGCUACUUUCUCCAAAACAACAGCAAAGUCAAACAAAGCAGAAUGUCCUCUCUCCAGAAAAAGAGAAGCACAUAACAGAACCACUAGAUCAAAAACAGAUUAGCACAGAUCAUAGCCAAGAAAUUGAAAAGGCUUGUGUGCUAAAGGUAGUCUGGAAUGGACUUGAGGAAUUGAAGAAUGCUGUAACAUACACCAAAAAUCUAGAAGCUCUCCAUCUUGGGAAAGUUUGGAUUCCAGAUGACCUGAGAAAGAGACUAAAUAUAGAAAUGCAUGCAGUAGUCAAAAUAACUCCAGUGGAAAUUACUCCUAAAAUUCCAAGAUCUCUAAAAUUACAACCUAGAGAGAACCUACCUAAAGAUGUUUGUGAAGAAGACAUAAAAGCGACCUUCUGUUCGUGGCUACAGGAAUCUGCUACCACUGUGCUUCCUUUGUUAGUACCAGAAGAAGAAUUUAUUAAGUUGGAAAUUAAAGAUGAAUUGAAAGAGUUUUCUCUGAGUAUAGUUCAUUGUGAAAAAGAAAACCAAAAAGAAAAAAAUAUUUUUCUGUUGAGCACCAAUCUGCUGCAGAAGACCACUGUGCAAGUCCUUCUAGAUCCUAUGGUAAAAGAAGAAAACAGUGAGGAAAUUGACUUUAUUCUUCCUUUUUUAAAGCUGAACUCUUUGGGAGGCGUGAAUUCUGUAGGCAGAUCUUGCAUGGAGCACGUCACACAUAGCCUUCUAGGACGCCCUUUGUCUCGGCAGUUCAUGUCCCUUGUUGCAGGACUUAGGAAUGGAGCCCUUUUACUCACUGGAGGAAAGGGAAGUGGAAAGUCCACUUUAGCCAAAGCAGUCUGUAAAGAAGCCUGUGACACACUGGAUGCCCAUGUGGAAAUAGUUAACUGUAAAGCUUUGAAAGGAAAAAGGCCCGAACACAUCGAGAGAGCUCUGCAGGCAGCCCUCUCAGAGGCUGUGUGGAGGCAGCCCUCUGUGGUUCUGCUGGAUGACCUGGACCUUGUUGCUGGACUGCCCACCACCCCGGAACAGGAGCACAGCCCUGAGGCAGUGCAGACCCAGCGGCUCGCACAUGCUGUGAGUGCUAUGAUCAAAGAGUGCAUUUCCAUGGGAAGUCUGGUCGCACUAAUCGCUACAAGCCAGCCUCAGCAUUCUCUGCAUCCUUCACUUGUGUCUGCUCAGGGAACUCACAUGUUUCAGUGUGUCCAACACAUCCAGCCUCCUGAUCAGGAACAAAGAUAUGAAAUUUUGUAUCAUAUAAUAAAAAAUAAAUUGGGGUAUGAUAUAAGCAAGUUCCCUGAUCUUGACCUGAAGUGUGUAGCAAAAGAAACUGAAGGAUUUAUGGCUAGAGAUUUUACAGUGCUCGUGGAUCGAGCCAUUCAUUCCUGUCUCUCUCAUCAGCACAUAUCUGCUAGGGAAGAAUUCGUUUUCACAACAUUGGACUUCCAGAAGGCUCUCAAAGGAUUCCUUCCUGCAUCUCUGCGAAAUGUCAACCUGCACAAACCUAGAGAUCUCGGUUGGGAUAAAAUUGGUGGAUUGCAUGAAGUUCGGCAGAUACUCAUGGAUACAAUCCAGCUACCAGCCAAGUACCCAGAAUUGUUUGCAAACUUGCCCAUACGACAGAGAACAGGAAUAUUGUUGUAUGGUCCUCCUGGAACAGGAAAAACCUUGCUAGCUGGGGUAGUUGCUCGGGAGAGUGGAAUGAAUUUUAUUAGUGUCAAGGGGCCAGAGCUGCUCAGCAAAUACAUUGGAGCAAGUGAACAAGCUGUUCGAGAUAUUUUUAUUAGAGCCCAAGCUGCAAAGCCCUGCAUUCUUUUCUUUGAUGAAUUUGAGUCCCUUGCUCCUCGAAGAGGUCAUGACAACACCGGAGUCACAGACCGCGUAGUAAACCAGCUCCUGACUCAGUUGGAUGGUGUAGAAGACUUACAGGGUGUUUAUGUAUUGGCUGCUACUAGUCGCCCUGACUUGAUUGACCCUGCCCUUCUUAGGCCUGGUCGACUAGAUAAAUGUGUAUACUGUCCUCCUCCUGAUCAGGGGUCUCGUCUUGAGAUCUUAAACGUGCUCAGUGACUCUCUGCCUCUGGCAGAUGACGUGGACCUUCAGCAUGUGGCCGCCAUGACCGACUCCUUCACUGGAGCGGACCUGAAAGCGCUGCUGUACAACGCGCAGCUGGAGGCCUUGCACGCAAAGGUGCUCUCAAGCAGACUGCAGGACGGAAGUUCCAGCUCUGAUAGCGACCUAAGUCUGUCCUCAAUGGUCUUCCUUAACCACAGCAGUGGCUCUGACGACUCAGCUGGAGAUGGAGAAUGUGGCUUAGAUCAAUCUCUUGUUUCUCUAGAGAUGUCAGAGAUCCUUCCAGAUGAGUCAAGAUUUAAUAUGUACCGGCUCUAUUUUGGAAGCUCUUACGAAUCAGAACUUGGAAAUGGAACCUCUUCUGAUUUGAGCUCGCAGUGUCUCUCUGCACCCAGCUCCAUGACUCAAGAUUUGCCUGGACUUCCUGGGAAAGAUCAGCUGUUUUCCCAGCCUCCUGUGCUCAGGACCGCUUCCCAAGAAGGUUACCCUGAACUCACCCAAGAGCAGCGAGAUCAGCUGAGGGUGGAUGUCAGUGUCAUCAAAGGCAGAUACCAGAGCCAAAGUGGAGAGGAUGAAUCUCUUCACCAACCAGGACCAAUCAAAACUAGUCUGGCUAUUAGUCAGUCACAUUUAAUGACUGCCCUUGGUCACACGAGACCGUCCAUUAGUGAAGAUGACUGGAAGAAUUUUGCUGACCUGUAUGAAAGCUUUCAGAAUCCAAAGAAGAAGAAAAGUCUGAGUGGAACAAUGUUUCGACCUGGACAGAAAGUAACUUUAGCAUAAAAUAAACUUCUAAGGAUUUUUUUUUCUUUUUUAUUGGUGCCCCUAUGUUGUAAUAGUACAAAAAAAUGGUAUCUGGGCCGGGGAUUUAGCUCAGUGGUUCCGCCACCUGCCUCGCAAGCGCUAGGUCCCAAGUUUGAUCCCUGGUACCAAAAAAAAAAUGGUAUCUGUAACUUUCUUUUUAAUUUAACAAGUUUGAUUAAUCUAUAAAAUCACAGGUUGGUAAAUGGUGUAAUAUAUAAUGAUCAGGAUUACUUGAGAUUAAUGCUGUUGAAUAAAUUGUGAUAUUUAUAACA